CGAUCCGGAGAAGCAGUUGUACUUUUCCUCGGCUCCACAAAAGGAUAUUAGAAGGGGAAGAUUCACAAACCCAACCAUUACAACAUGAUCUGAUGGAGUUGCCUGUUUUAUCACAACUGGAACGUGAUCCGAUUUUGAACAUGGAAGGAAACAGCCCUGGAGAGGAACGUACAUAUUUUGUGUGUGUGGACAAGGCUUCAGCCAAUUAUCAGGCUUCACAAACCACAAAUGCAGUCACACUGGGGAGAAACAGUGAAAAUGUGGCGAUUGUGAGGAGGAAUUCAUUUCCCCACCUGAGCCGGAAACUCAUCGACGCUGUCACGCCAGUAACAGGCCAUUCACCUGCUCAGUGUGUGGGAAGAGACUCACUCAGUCAUUUAACCUGCUGCAACACCAGCUCGUUCACACUGAGGAGAGAUCAUUUCAAUGCCUGGACUGCGGAAGGUGCUGUAAAAGUUCCGGGACUGCUAUGCCAUCAAUGUGUUCAUUCUGCAGACAGACCUUUUAAAUGCCCAGACUGUGGAAAAUGCUUUAAAACUUCCAGGGAGAUGUCAUCCCAUCAAUUACCUCACAUUAAUGAGAGACCUUUUAAAUGCCCAGACUGUGAAAAAAACACAGAGUUCACACAUCUCAACAGCGAUUGGAUUUUGCAGUUCCUCACAUUCAGGACUGAAGUUAUGAAUGUGAUUAACUGCAGCAACAACAGCAGAAUCCAAUUUCCGUCAUCACUUAUGAACUCAUUGGUGUAUCAGUGGGUAAGGAUGUCUAAGGGAAUCCCUUUUCAGACACAGAGCAGAUUUACAGAAAAUUUACAGCGCAGGAAGGGACCACUUCUCAUUGUGUCUGCACUGGCCAAAAAACAAACAUCCAUCCAACCUCACCCACUUUCUGACAUUGUGUCUGUAGCCCUGCAGGUUCUAGCACUCGAGCUGCAGAUCCAGACACCUUUUAAAUGUGUUCAGGGUUACUACCUCCACUCCCCUUUCAGAUAG